UGAUAUGUGAAGUUGUAAUAUAUUCGAUUGUUUAUCGGUGAUAUAUAUGUAAUCCAAGAAAUCCAAAUCAUGCCCCUCGCCCUCCUAGUAUCGGUAGGUGAUGGUGGUAAUCGUCCCAAACGCCGAGAAAAGGGUGGAACCAUGUCCUUUCCCCCUUUCCAAAAUUGUUUCCUCCCUCCCCGUCAUCUUUCAUCAUGGGGCGAAUUGCUUAGCAGCAAGACUCCUCGCAGCCGCAAAGGCCGCAGCAGAGCUCGCAGCCAGCCUCCUCACCACCACGGAGACCCAUCUCGGGCUGGGGCUCGGCGGACUAUGUCUUGUCAGUACCUGUGCUUACAUCUAGAUGAUAGCAUGAGGAAGGGAAUAAGCUUACGGGCUGCUGAGUGACGAUGCCGUUCUCAACGGGGACCUCCAUGGGGGCCUGCUGCUGGGGAGCCUCGGGAGCGGGCAUAUUGACGGUU